AUGCUGAGAACGCUGCUGCGCCCACUCAGCUGCGCCCUCAGCCCGCUCCCGAUCCGCACCCUCUUCUCCUCCGCAACCAUGUCUGCACCUCUUCCCGCCUUCCAGACUACCGAGUCGCUUUGGCCGCUCGAUGAGGCGCCUCAGCAGAGCUCGUCAGACACCAAGAAGCCUCGCAGCCGCCACCGACCGCGUCGGAAACCGGAGAACGCAGCCGACUCUUCCUCAUCAGCAGCAGCUUCAGCUCCCGCCAAUCUCCCCUUCUCCGGCCCGCAUCUCACCGACACAUCGUCUUCGCAGCACUCUGCGCCCGGAUCGUCGAGUCGAGGAUCGGGGCGAGGUCGCGGGCGGGGCGGAUUGGCUUCGGGAGGCGGACGAGGAGGAGCAGCGAGGGCGAUGAGCACUUCGGCGCGGACAGACAAUUGGCGACCGGCAAGUGCAGCGACGAGCAGUACUGAAGACGUAGGCGUACCGGUCUCGCGAGCGCCGUUCGCGCGCACUCCUCGCGGCGGCAAAGCACCUGUCGAUACCAACUGGCGACGCAACGCCUCCUCGGGACCUGGCGCUUCCAACCGCUCGUCAAGUAAGGAGCGACCGGCACCCGCCGCCAAGCAGGGCGGAAGGAAGGGGAAGAAGCGGAAGAUGACGACGGCGGAGAAGAACUUCAUUUUGCUGAACGAGGUGGAAAAGGCGACGGGACCAGGGGCGGAUCUCGCCAAAGAGAUCAUGAAGCUCUACGAGCUUCAACGGCCGUCGAAGGCUGCGGUCGCAGCGCGGGAGCACCUCAUCAAGGAGCUCGAGCAUUGGCUCAACGGUGAGCGCUUCAAGUGGGGACACCCUCACAGCCCUUAUUCGCACCCGCUUCGCAUCGAGCCCUUCGGAUCCGCCCGUUUCGGCCUCGGCACCUCGACGUCCGACCUCGACCUAUGCUUGCUUGACCCGUACCGGCCCGAAGGCUUCUCAGAAAAGUACUUCUCCUCAAGGAACCCGACUCUGAAGGACUUGCCGGACAUUUACAACAUGCGGAGGAUCGCAAAGUCUCUCGAGCGCGCGAACUUGUCGGACGUGCGAGCCAUUGCAGGCGCCGCUGUGCCGAUCUGCAAGUUCAAGGUUGAGAUGGACGGUCACGAGAUCGAGGUCGACCUGAACACGAACGAGCGGCUUGGCGUCUACAACUCCCGCCUGAUCAACAGCUACUGCAACUUGCACCCGCUCGUCCGGCCUCUCAGCGUCUUCAUCAAGUUCUGGGCCAAGCAACGCGGUCUCAACAAUCCUGCCGGCACUCCCACGACCUUCUCUUCCUACACCCUCAUCCUCCUCGUCAUCUCGUACCUCCAGCACCUCGAGAUCCUCCCUUGCCUCCAAGACCCCGACCUCAUCGCGCGAGCCGGCACGCCCCCAAAGCUCUUCUUCACCACGCCCAAGACGCACGCGCGAAACGGCCGCCGACGAGGCGAAAUCCUCGCUAGUAUCGGCUGGAACGUCACUUUCGUCGAGUACGAUGCGGCGCCCAAGGAGUAUGAGCCGGCGCCGGCCGAACUCCUUGAGCUUGCGAGGGGCUUCUUCCACUACUACGCCGACGAGUUCGACAUGGAGAACUACAUCGUCAGCGUUUGGCGCGGACAGCCGCUCCCACGGCAGCGGCCCUACAAGCCGGAGGAAGAGCUGGCGGAUGACGUACCUGUCGAGGAGCAACAGAACGAGGAGGACUUGGUCCUCGCGGCGUUGAGGGAGGCGGAUGAGGCUGAGCCGAAGCUUCAGGCGACUGAGGUCGAUGUCGACGGUGACGCUCAGAGCGCUGCUGGCCGACCGCCUCGGCCGGACUCGAGGUCGUCGGAGCCGAUGGAGUACGGCGAGUUCGAGGAGCCCGAGCGCUGGGAGCGCAACCUGCUCGUCGUGCAGGAUCCGUUCAUCCUCAACCGCAACCCUCCUGGCAACGUCCACCCAGACUGGGUCGACGAGUUCCGCUUCCAAAUGCGCCGCGCUCGUGGCCUCAUCGACCAGAAGGCUCCGCUCAAGGAGAUCUGCGCGUCGAUUGAGUCGGAGGCCCACUACAUCCCGCUCGCCAUCCGACGACAAGCCGAGCGAACCGCACGAGCCAAGAAGGCGCGGAGGGAGAAGCGGGCGGAGAAGCGGGACCGCGCGCUGCAGAGGAAAGUCGUCGCAGCGGCUGCAGUCGCGGCGUCGGCGCCUGCGCUCGACUCAACCGAGGCUGAAGGUGUUGCUGUCGAGGUGGUCGGCGCGUCGGGAGACGAAGGCUCGUUGGAAUCGGAGAAUGGCGAGGUGCUGGAGGCGGACAAGCUGUCGCGGGCGAAGGACGAGCCUGAGCGGUCAGACGAGGAGCCGUUCGUCUUCCGCAACCACACGGCCUUCGUUGAGAUGGGCGACGGAGCAGAGGCGCGGGAGAAGUAG